UGCUCAUUCGCUCAAAAGGCAUCGAAAUCUGUCUGUCUAGUUUUUCGCACUCAUAAUAAAAAAAGAAAGUGUAAUUUAAUUAACUCGUGUCGUUUAGGUGUAUAAGUUGCUUUUGUAUAUGUUUAACAACUUUUAAGUAUUAACGAAAUUGUAAAAUUACCAAAAUAAAAAAAUAUGACUAAUUAAGUGUACACACAAGUUAGCACGGGACUGAUGUUUUUACACAAAAUAUUAUAAUAAAAUUGGGAUUUAAGCCACUUCAGUUUAUAAUAAUAUACAAAAAAUGUCCUGCUACUUCCGACAAAACGGUGAUACACACGUAACCAUACCAAAAUAUAUAGAAUCUUCCACUGGCGUUGUGUAUUAUGACAUCAAAGUGCGCGUACAUCAGGUGGAGUGGCUGGUAGAACGACGUUAUCGUGACUUCGCGCAGCUGCAUGAUAAAUUAGUUGAUGAAAUUGCAAUCUCCAAGAAAUUACUACCACCGAAGAAGCUGGUAGGCAACAAAAACCCUGCAUUUUUAGAGCAACGACGUGAACAGUUGGAGAAAUAUUUGCAAGAAUUACUUGUAUUCUUUCGCAUACAAUUACCGCGUGUGUUGGCUGAAUUUCUGGAUUUUAAUAAAUACGACAUAGUAUACCUGCUGCAGGACUUGGCCAAAUUAUUCAAUGAAUCGGGCAGCACGCUUUUAAGCACGAAAAAAGAGUUUAACUUCUCUGCACUGGAGGUUUAUGCGAUAAGUGAACGCUUGUGCCUGCCUUGCCCGCCGGAGAAUAUUGAACAACGGGGAAAAUUUGAUUUUUCGCAUGUGCUUGAUUUUUGUACACAACUGGAGGUGCUCAUUGUAACGCCAGUUAAGGACAAUACUUCCUUCAACAACGAUUACAAUACGGUAGAUGUGCCUAUAGAACGUAGCAAUAUCAUACCCAAGAACCUACGUUUCACGCUUAAUGCAUUCCGUAAUGUUAAGGUACUGAAAUUUCACGGACUCUCCACGGAGAACAUAGUCGACAUUGCAUUACUCAAGCCAACUAUGCAAACCAUCUGCGUACACAGCACAACAAUGACACACAUCAAUCAGAUACUCAUGUGUGACAACAUACACCGAGAUACAGUUGCGGCUAUAACAACAACAACAGCGUCAGAUUCUAUCUCCUACACCUCGAAUAGUUCGGCGGCUGCACAAUCGUUAUCGAACAGCAGCUGCGCUGAUGCGCCCAUUUCGGUGAACUUACCAUACAUCAAAACAGAUUGGUCUAAUCUCGCAGAUCUAGAUUUGACCGGCAACCUACUAACACAAAUUGACGCCAGUGUACGCACAGCGCCGAAACUACGUACACUAGUAUUGGAUCAGAAUCGUAUACGCGCCGUACAAAAUCUCGCCGAACUGUCACAGUUGCAAACGCUUUCGCUGUCAGUAAAUCUAAUAGCCGAGUGCAUUGAUUGGCAUCUUGAAUUAGGUAAUUUGGUUACGUUGAAUUUAGCGCAGAAUCGUUUGAAAAAGCUAAGUGGCUUGCGUAAGUUACUUUCAUUGGUUAAUUUGGAUCUGAGUUGUAAUCAAAUUGACGAUCUCGAAGAAGUGGAUUAUGUGGCGCGUCUGCCGAUAUUAGAGUCAUUACGUUUAACCGGUAAUCCGCUAGCGGGCAGUGUGGAUUAUCGACCACGCGUAUUGUCACGUUUUCACGAGCGUGCCGCUGAAAUCUCACUCGAUAGCGAACGAGGCACACAAAAGGAGCUCGACACCGCGCUGGUGCUGUCAGCGUUGCAUAUCUCGAAAAUGCGUCAAUUGAGCAGUAAUUGCCAACGUUAGUGUGCUUUCAUUAAUCAAAAAAGCCAAACUGCAUACAGUACCUAAAAGUAGACUACGCUUAUGACGAACAGCAAGUAGCAAAGAAACGAAAUUAGCAAUAUUAUACAUAUGUAUGUAUGUAUGUUGGCGUAUAUGUGUCACAACGUUUGCUCAAAAACUUGAAAAACUUGUAUACGAUUUUGUUUUACAAUUUUAUGCCUACCACUAACUUACGUCUACAUUCC